CGUUCCUUGUCGGUGUUUGCAUUUGUGAAUGUGAGGUCUAGGGAGAGUUCGAAGGAAUGGGAGAGCUUAUUCAUAAUUUCAUUUGAAGGAAAAGCAACAACAAAAAGUAUGGCUGACUGGAGCGUCCUGAGGAAUGCUGGGAGGGAUUACCUGACCCUAUACGGGAGUCGUGAUGUCACAGCCUCACUCAGUGCGAUGACAGCGACGACAAACUGUACAAUGCAGACGCCGUCAUCGUCCUUUUCGUACCUGGAUAAGACUGAUGAAAAUACAUUCUGUUGUUCUGAGAAUGUGGAAGACUGUGUUACAUUCCUAAACCAGGAACUGACCGCCUUGGGUUUCCAGACCAUCGAUCAUGGUGACGGAGCUACAGAGGUGUCCCUGGUCAACAGGCUAUACGAGAUAUUUCGACUUCAUCAGAAGGCCAGACGUUUCAGGGAGGAGCUGGAAAACAGAUUGCGUCGAUUGUCCAGUGAGACGGAACACUACCAGAGCUCGAACCAUCGUCUAAAGAAUGAGAAGGUGCAAUUGGAGCGGGAGAUUGGCAAGGAACAAGAAAAAUGUCGACAAGUUGUCAUUAAACAGAAGUCUCUGUCGGAGAAAUUCAAGGCAGAGAAGGAUGAGGUAAAGCGACUACAGUGUGUCAUCAGAGACCGUGAUGGCCAAUACAAACAUGAGCUGAAGAAAAAGGAGCGAGAGCUAAAUAAGAUGAAAGAGAAACUGCACCACCUCAUAACGGACAAAAACCCAAAUAGGAGAAUGGGUCUUGACAUUGCGAACUCACUUCAACGAGCAGACGGUAAAAGAAGUCAAUGGAAAACAGGGUCACAUGACAAACAGGAGGAGAUGUACCAACUGGUGAUCCACAACUAUGAGGACAAACAACGUGAGCUGAUGAUAGAAAACACAGAUCUCCGUGACUGCCUUGUAUAUAUGCAGCGUGAGCUAGGCACCAUCAUCAACCACUCCUCUGAUGUCCAAACUAGUCAUACAGUCCCUCGGGGCGAUGUUGGGGAGCUCUCUGGCAACAGUGAGGAUGAUGAUGAUGAUGGCAUUUCCUCUGUCACUAUCAAGGACCUUUCAGAUGGUUAUUUCCAAAUGCCUUAUGACCUGAUGAAAGACAAUCUACGGCACUCGUUUAAGGAGAUGUUUAAACUUAUCAAGAAGUCCAUGGAAAAAAGCAGUAUACCUCCCAGUCAGCUACCGAAGACAAAAUCUAGUCCGCCACGACAGAUCCCAUCAGCAAGGAGAACACCAAGUGUGGAGACCGACAAACUACUGAAACAGGUCCAACAGUACAAAGAAAUCAUUCAGCAGCAGAAAGAAUUCAUACAGCAAUCUAUACUUAACCAAUCAAAGGCAGCGGCAGAGACGUCAUACCUAGACGAGUCAGUCCAACUACAGGAGCGCCUCCUUCAGGAGCAGGAAAGCAUGGCUGAGCAGCGCCGCCUGUUUUACCAGGAGAAGGCCAACUUUGAAGAAGAACGUAAACAGUACACAGAGGCAGCCAUCCGACUUGGGAGGGAGAGAAAAGCUCUUGAUGAUCAGAGAUCGUCCAUUAUCAACCAGUUUCUACAGAUCUCCCCAUUUGUUAAAUCCACUCCGUCCAACAGAAAGUCCCAAAAAGGUGAAGGGACAAGACUACUGCCAUCCACACCAAUGUUUUCACCAGCACCGUCCAGUAAACCCAAAACUCCGUCCACCACCGAGUUGUACCGUGUCCUUGGGAUCACUCCCAAGGACCUGCCAAAGAGGAAGGAAGAUAAAUAUUCUCCUGAGGAGGAGCCCCGGAUUAAGAAAGCUCUGAGCUCUGAGUCUCUGUUAUCUGGGUCAUGUAAGUCAACGCCACACGAUACUAGUGAUGUACAAAUUUCCACCAGGAGUCAUAGCUCGCCUGAAAAGUCUCCUGACCAGGUCAGCCUUAAACGUGUUCUGUUCCGGAGGAGGUCUAGUACAGGCAGCAAUGAGGACCUGGAGGGCUUAUAACAGUACUGGGGAGUACCUUCAUGGAGGCCUGUAGUCAUGGCAACACAAAUUAGAGAAUAGUGGAACCUCUUUACUCCAACCAUUACUUUUGAAAUAAAAAUAUUUUCGUCCUUUGAUAAUUAUGCAAAAUUGCUCACUGCUGGUAAUAUAGUUACUUUAUGUAAUAGCAAUAUUUUCAACUUUUGAUUGGGAAAUUGUCUUUAGACAAUAAUAUUUUUUCCAAAAGCAUCAAAUCAGAAUUUGUAUCUUUUGAACUUGGUCUAACAAGGUUCUGCUAUUAUAGGUAUUCUGAUUUGCUUUCUUAUGACAGGUAUCUGACAUAUCAAUGUACUUGGACAUUCUGCUAAAAUUAUUUAAAAUGCUUGACAUGACACACAGACACUUGUUGUCAAUGUUGUGCCAUGUGGCCUGACAUGACACACAGACACUUGUUGUUAAUGUUGUGCCAUGUGGCUUGACAUGGCACACAGACACUUGUUGUUAAUGUUGUGCCAUGUGGCUUGACAUGACACACAGACACUUGUUGUCAAUGUUGUGCCAUGUGGCCUGACAUGACACACAGACACUUGUUGUCAAUGUUGUGCCAUGUGGCUUGUUGUGGAAGUGUACAAGUAAACAGACAUUAUUACCAUUAAUAGAGGUGCAUUUGUCCCGUGUAUCACACCUGAUCUCAAACCUGUUGUAAACAUUCCAUAUCAUUGCUGAUGUAAAUAGGUGACCUGCAUCAUGGGUGACCAGAGGAUUUAGUCUGUGACAUGCAUCAAGGAUAAAUUUGGUUACAAACUUUUGAGUUACAUCCAAAAGCAAUUAUCCAACAGUCAGUAAAUUUUGUUUAAAUGUGAACGAUAAUAAUUUAACAAAACAAGGGAAGCAGACUUUUUCAGAUUUCAUUUGCUGUAAAUAUGUGGAUAAUGUUCAGUAUUACAUAAUGAAUUAUUAACAAAUACGUUUGUCUCACUGAAUACACAUAAGUAUAGUGCUGAUGAAGAUAGGAAGAAUAUAGUGCUGAUGAGGAUAGGAAGAUGUUAAUAUUUUAAGUAAUGUAUUUCCUGUUUUUGCUUUUGUUCAUUUUUGUAUGCAUUUUAAAGUUGAUUGUAUAGAAUUAAAUGGCAUUUAAUUUAUAUACAUCAAAUAUGUAUGAAGAGAAAAUAAAUCCUUUGUACUUACCAAUGAAAUAACCCUGAUAUAUGUAUUGAUAGAAUUGACCAACGCUACGAUAAAUGUUGAUGAAGAAUGAUGAAAAUUGCGUGAAUGACAGUGAAAGGAGGAAAUGUGUAUUUCAGUGUGUAUUGUAAUGUGAAAAUCGCCAAUGUCAAAUGUGUUCAGUUUAGUUUGGGAAACGGGUAUAUAAUACCUUGUGAGACUGUAGAAUAUUAUACAGUCACCUAGGUUAGUGUGACUGACCUUUGUGAUGUAACCUUUGACCUCUACAUGAGAUUGUCUAUUACUCCAUAUGAGUAAUUUAGUUGGCCUAACAUUCCACAUAUCAGUGAAAUCAUUCAUGCAUUGAAAGUCAAAAUAUUUCAUAUCAUCAAAGAAAAUGUACCUCGUGUAUCAAUGUUCAAUUUUUGCAUAUCAAGUUCUUUAGCAUUCCAUUGAGUUUCUUAAAUGUAUUUAUAUUGUGUAUCUUAAAAUAUGGACUAAUUUUGCUACUACUUGUUACAUUUUUCUAAAUUUAUUUUACAUUGAGCUCAGUUCUUGUGAUUUGUAAGGGUUGUUUUGUACCUUCGCUGAUGCAUUGUAUAUAAUGUUGUAAUGUUGGAGGUGUGUUUACUUACUUAUUACCAGUUGAUACGGUGAUACCGCAAGAAUUGUUUCAUAAUUAAAGCUAAAUAAUUAAAUAAUUUUAAUGGUAUUUACACCUGUUUCAUUUUCAUUAUUCAGUCUUCAAUAGGGUUUUUUCCAAUACAUUGCAAACAAGUUUGUAUUAAGAUUUGAAAGCUUGUAUAUAUUAGCUUAAGAUUGACAUCAUUUUGCCAAUAGUGAUCUCAUUACUAAUCAUAAGGCAGUGUACCCAACCUAUCUGUUUUCCAGGUAAUUCAGUGUUUUAAGGAACCUCUUUGUGUUCCAUGAAUAAUACAUUUUUUUAAGCAGACAAUUUUGGCAUCUAACAGUGUCAAAUUACAACUGGCUUCCUUUGUUAUGAUGUAUACCUCUGUAUAGCACAUGUUUGCAAUAAUCUCAAUAAUUGUGCCUUAUUGCUGUAUUAGUGGGUAUUUUAGAUGAUCUGUUGUCACCAUAGUCACCAGAGCCUGACCUACUUAGGUUGAGAGUCUAUUCCAUUAUUUCAAAUAUUGAUAUCAAGUUGACAAUGGUGAUAUGCAAGCUUGUUUCCUUUUUCGUUACCAUGGAACUUAUGCUUAACAAUGUACAUAUCAGGGAUGUGAUGGUGUCAGUAUAUGAUGAAAUCAGUUUUACAUCAUUGUUGAUAUAUGAAGCAAUCCAGUACAUUUUUUUAGUACAUUCACUAGAAUUUGCUGUAUUGCAUAAUCCAAAUUUUUGAUGUCAAUGCUUAAGGCAAUUAACAUUGGCUGCUCAGCAUAGAGUUCUAGUUGGAUUUCGAGUAAGUGUGCUCUAUUGUGAAUCUGUUGCAUUUCAUUUAAAUAGUUAUGACUAAAUGUAUUGACUUAAAAUGUUGUUCUGCAAAAUUGAAACCCCACAAUGUUUCACCACGAAGAAAAACAGAGAAGCUACAUAAUUUAAGACUUUAAAGGUAACCAAUUACUUGAUGAAGGCUAUACAGUGUACGUCCUUUAACUUGAGAACCCCUGGACCUUCUGCAUACUACCGGGUAUGCAAAUCUGUCAAACAAAACCUGUAUCAAGUAAACCUUCAUAAAUGUUCAUUUAAUUGUUAUGUCAUUAAAAAAACACUGCUAUUUCUUCGCAUACGUGUAUGAACCAUUAUGAUAUAAACUUGUGUUCAGUUUGAUCAAAGUUGCUUGUUUUGAAAUGAAUUAAUCUUAUCGAACAAUUCGUGUCAAUUGACACAAUAUGCAUGUACAUUCUUUCUCAUUUUGAUGUAAGAAGUUGAGAAUUCGCAACAUUCACUUGACAACGGAAUAAUUAUUUACACGACAUUCACUUGACAUCGGAAUAAUGAUUUAAAACUCGGGAUGUGGCAGCUGCAUCAUAUCAGCGUGUACAGAAAAAACUUGUUUAAGUCGAUCUUCUCAUUGAAAGUAAGUGUUUUUUUGUUAUGUUUCAGUACUUUGUACAUGUUUUUAUGUUAAUAUUGAUGUUCUUGUUAAAUAUUUUUGCCCAAAACAAUUUGUUGACCUUUCACAGUCUAUUGGUACUUUUGCUUUUGAAGUUAUGAAAUGUUAGUAACAGUUACAAACUCCAAACAGUUUUCAGAUUUUGUAUGCUCUUAUUUUUUGCCAAGUCAUCACUAUUGUAAAAGUUGGUUUCGUUUUCAUAGUGUUUUUAUAAAAAUGCAUGUAGUAGGUUACAGAAAUGAAAGUGUUUUGUUAUACAUGUACUGUAAUUCGUGAAAUUUUAACAGUACACGUACAAACAUCUUGCUUGAAUUGAUUUUAAUAUCAUAAAUAUUAUUGAAGCACAUUAGGCAUACCGUACUACAAUCUGUAAGAGAUGCAUAAUGCUGUAUGUUUUGUAUUUAAAUGUGUUGAAAUUAAUAUUUGAGAUAUUUCAAGUUAUGAUUGACUCUCCCUGCCAAUUAAUAUAUAUAUUAUUAUUAUUCAUUUCUCAAAAUAUGAGUUUUUAAAUGAACUGAAGGGUCAUGAAUUUAUACUAACCACUUACUCUAGAGAUUAAAAAACCCACCUGUACUAAUGGACCACUUUUAAAACUUCCAAUUCAUGAACCUGUAUAAAGAGACCACCUGCAAAAAGAGACAACUUAAUGAAUGUCCUGAAGGUGACAGGUCUCUUAUUACAGGUCUGACUGAACAAUACGAAGGUUUGACUUGAAGCUUAUACAUUUCGUACGGUAUUAGAUGUUUAAGCUGGAAUGAUAAAUAUUAAACUUUAACUUGAUAACUCCUGCUGAAUUAAUCUUUUGAAAAGGUAUUUCAUCCUUUUUAAAUUUGAAAACAACAUUUAUUGUCAUCAAACCUUAGCAUUGUUUGAAUUUCUAAGAAUAAGUAGCAAAAUAACUGCCAAAUGAACUGAUGUUGUAACAGUGAAUGUAUUUGUGAUGAAAAUAUUUUUCAGAGGUUUUCAUGGUUUGGGCCAAAUGUUUAGGAGUGAGUGAGCCAAGGCUAGUCUGACCUAAGGGAAGUUUUUUAGAUCUGCCAUGUUCAGUCUUGUAGGUGGAUGAUUAGCCUCGUAAAUAGAAACCUGUCUUGUCAUUACCAUUAAGAUGACUGGACGACUGUACUUUUGUCUCAGUAGAAGCAAAAUAAUAAAUUUGUAGUAUUUUGGGUAAAA